AUGGUCGCCAACCUCUUCCUCAUCAGACCUCACUCUCUUCCCCUCUUCACUCUCCCCUCAAAAUUCCUUUUCCCCAAUCCACCCUCGCUCCCCAAAAGAUUCCCCAUCCUCUCCCUCUCCUUCUCCACCCACCCCCAAAUCCCAGACCCGGACCUCUCCUAUGGACCCUCCCUCCACAAGGGCACCAAGCCCCCACUCCCCAUUCCUCUCUCCACCGACCAACCAAUCGAAGAAGCCCUAAUCGAUGAAGAGAGCUUCACUAGGGUUUUCAACAUCGCCGCCCUCCGAGUCCCCGCAAAAGACUGUUUUGCCCUCGAGAGCCGCCUCCGGGGCCACCUCCUCAACUGGCCCCGCGUCCGCAACAUCGGCCGGGUCCCUGGCGACGAAGUGGAAGACGAAAUCGCCGAGCUUCUCGCUAAUAAUCAAAACGGCGAGGAGGAAGACCAAAACGGCGUCGUUUCGCUGAACCGCCGCGUGUACGGGAAAUCCGAGGGCGACGGCGAGCCGCUGAGCCCGGUGCUGUACAGAGAGAAGCUGGCGAAGACGUUUGACUCGCGCGGGUAUGUGAAUUUUCGGAACCUGGCGAAGAUGUCGAGGCCGAACCAGAAGAAGAGGAGGGCGGCGGAGGGAGGUGACGGCGGUGAAGGGAGGAGGAGGAACCGGAAGAGUGAGUUUUCGGUGCUGGAGGUUGUGGAGGAUGAAGAUGAGGAAGGAGAGGACUUGAAGGGUUUGCUGGGGGAUGCGUUUCAGGGGAGGAAGAAAUGGAGGGGUUCGACGCGGUUGUUGCUGUUGGAUGAAAGGUAUGGGGAUAAAGGAGUGGAGGAGUUGCCUCGGGCAAUCCAGGCAGUGGUGAAGGAAGAUACUGGGAAAAGUAUGAGGCCGACCAUUGAGCUUGUGAGAUGCAAAUUGACUCUUUUUUAUGAUUACUGGCAGAUGAAUGAGAUAUUGGAGGCAUUGCUGCCCGAAGGUAUGAUUGUUCCUUCAGCCUUUGAAACAGUUGGCCAUAUUGCCCACCUAAACCUGAGAGAUGAACACUUACCUUACAGAAAGUUUAUAGCUAAGGUGAUUCUUGAUAAAAAUAAGCCAAAGAUUCAGACUGUUGUAAAUAAAAUCGAUGUCAUUCAAAAUGACUAUAGAACAAUGCAGCUUGAAGUUUUAGCUGGGAAUCAUUCGCUUGUGACAAAAGUAGUUGAGAAUGGUUUGCGAUUUCAGGUUGACCUAGCAACAGUGUACUGGAAUUCCAGACUUGCAACAGAACGACAAAGGCUUUUGAACAGCUUUACCCGCAAUGAUGUUGUGUCUGAUGUUUUCUCUGGAGUUGGUCCAAUAGCUAUCUCUGCAGCAAAGAUUGUAAAACGAGUUUAUGCCAAUGAUUUGAAUCCCCAUGCUGUUGAAUAUCUGCAAAGAAAUUGUGGUCUCAACAAACUCGAUAAGAAGGUUAAGGUCUUCAAUAUGGAUGGAAGGAGGUUCAUAAGAGCCAUGUUUGCAAGUGAUAAAGCUAAAUCUAUCACACAAGUGGUGAUGAAUUUGCCAAAGGAUGCUGCAGAGUAUCUAGAUGCAUUUCGGGGAAUUUUAAGAGAUAGAUCCAAGGAUGAAGAAUUUAACUUGCCAAUGAUCCAUGUUUAUGGAUUCUCCAAAGCUGAAGAUCCUGACUUUGACUUCCAUCAGAGAAUAAGAAUCGCAUUGGCAGAAGUGGCAGUAGAUGUAGAAAUGCGUAGGGUUCGCCUUGUUGCACCAGGAAAAUGGAUGUUGUGCGCAUCAUUUAUCCUCCCAAAAAAUGUAGCUUUUGCAAAUCCAGUGGAUAUAUAAUAUAGAUCAAGAGCUGGGGUUCGUGAUACCGGAUGCCCAUAUCCUCUAGUGUGGUACAUAAAUUAGAUAGAUCAUAGAUGUAUAUGGUUCUGUAGUCAGGUGAAGCAAAUUUGAGGUAUCCACAUUCCACACCAUACCAUUUUGAAAAUAUUCUAUAUCACAUUGAUUUCCAUUUCCUGUUUA